GCCCAGAGUCGCAUCGCACAGACCAGGGAGGGAGGAGAGGUGGCAGCGAGCCAGCGAGAGGGACAAAACCCUUCCCCGUCGCCGUCCGCCUCGCGCCGCCGGCGAUCCAGCCCGCCGGGAUCGGCUCCGAGGUCGUUCUACACCGACCCGUCCUCCCCGCCCCGGCGGAGAUCCGGGCCGCUGGAGACGCCCCCGGUCUAGGGUCGAGGUUCGCUGCCCCCACCGCCGCCUCCGGCCCAGGGUUUUGGAGCUGCCGGGUCUCGAAUCGCGGAGGCUUGACAUUUGACUGGCAGAAUUUAGCAAGUUUUAGCAAUGGGUUUUGAUAAUGAGUGUAUCUCGAAUAUUCAAUCCCUUCCUGGUGAAUAUUUCUGCCCUGUUUGCCGGACACUCAUAUAUCCCAAUGAGGCUGUACAAACUCAGUGCACACAUCUCUAUUGCAAACCGUGCUUGUCUUAUGUUGUGGCAACCACCAAAGCUUGCCCUUAUGAUGGCUACUUGGUGACAGAAGCUGAUUCCAAGCCUCUGAUGGAAUCAAAUAAAACCCUUGCUGAGACAAUUGGCAAAGUCACAGUCCAUUGCCUGUAUCAUAAGAGUGGCUGCCAAUGGUAUGGAACGCUAUCUGCAUGUGUCACACAUGGUACUACCUGUGCAUAUGGGAACUCCCCUGUUAUUUGUAAUCGAUGUGGGACACAAAUCGUGCAUCGCCAAGUGCAAGAGCAUGCUCAACUCUGCCACGGCUUACAAUCUCAAACUCAACAAGCUGAUGGUACUCAGGCACAGCCAGUAGCAGCAACUCAGGCAGUUACCCAAGAUCCAUCACCUGCUGCAGCUACAGCCACAACCCUGCCAUUUUCAAGUACAGCCACAGCUGCAACAGAUUCUGCAUCAGCAACAGGAGGGGCAGCUGCACCAGGUUCUGCUUCACAAACUCCAACAGCUCAGCAGUCUUACCAGCAACAGCAGCUCCAAUACUCACAGUACUACCAGCAGCAGCACCCUGGAAGCAACCCUUACAUGCAGCAAUAUCAACAGUAUGGCCAAUACCAGCAGGUGUAUCAGCAAUAUCCGCAACCUCCUUUGCAAGCACUGUCCCAGAACAUGAUGCAUGGAUCUGCACAACUUGCUUCAUAUGUUCAGCCUCAAGUGCAGUCCACCCAGUCACAGUACGUGAUGCCAUCCCAACCCCAAAGUCAGGCCCAGCUCCAACCAUCGACAGGUCAUCCACAGCUACAGCAGCAUCCAGUUCAAUCCCAACCCCAAAGUCAGGCCCAUCUUCCCCAUCUUCAAGUACCUGCAGGUCAGUCGCAGCCUCAUCAACCAAUUCAGCCAGCCCUUCAAGUUCCACAACUGCAACCACAAAGUCAGGUAGCUCUCCAAGUGUCUGCUCCCCAAGUACAACCUGCAGCACAUACACCAGCUCCUACUCCAGUUGGUAAUCAGCAAUUUGCUAAUACCUCUACGCAGGCAAUGACUCCUCAUGUGCAACCACAUGUACAAGCCCAACCUCCACAACAGCAACAACAUGCACACCUGCAUGCUUUACCUCCACAGCAAAAUCUUCAACCUCAGAUGCAGCUAAACUCUCAAGCCCAGCUCGAAACUCCACAAGUGUCGCAGCAAUCUUACCCACAACCUCAGGCCUAUGCUCAGCAAACACAUCAUAUGCAUCCACAGAAUGCUUCAUACCCACAGCAGCAAAUGCCACAUGGUACUCUAUUGCAACAAACUGUUCAUGCGUCCCACCAACAAGCACCUAUUUCUCAGCAUCCUGCACUGAUGCGCCCUCCAUUGCCAGGCCAACAGCCAGGUAUGCUGCCUCCUCAGGGAGUCCAACAUGCAACACAAAAUCAACAGCAUGUUGGGUACUAUGCGCAGUGGCCACCUAUGUAUUCUAAUAUCCCUUCCCAGGCACCUCAGCAAGGAUUGUCUCCACACUCAUCUGUUUCCUCACAAUCAGUUCAACCAUACCAGCAAGGAAUGCCCUUAUCACAACAGCAGGUGCAUUCUCAACCUGGUCAGCCUUAUACACAACAGCAUGUUCCUGGCAAUACUGGACAUCAUGUUCAAACUUCAGCUGGCAGACCUGCGAGUCAUCUUGCACCGCCACAGCAAUUUCAACAUCAACAGCCAACAACACAUAGAACUGAGUCACCUGCUGCUGGAAAACCUAUUGGGCAGGGUUCUUUAGAUCUCGAAACACAUGCUUCAAAAUCAGGGAAGUCAGAAAACACGAGUAAUGCUGUUGAUAAUACUGCUGUUAGUGAAAAUAAAAAUAAUGGUGCUGAAUCAGCUGUCAUGAGACCUACAAUGACACAGUCAUUUGGUGAUGAAAACAUGAACAAACAUAAUAGUUUUGGUGGUGUUAGAAAAGAUGUAGGGCAAACUGGUAUUGCAUCGCACGGUGUAGAUGGUUCAAUUGGUAGGGAUGGAAUUUCAGACCGGGCAUGCAAUUUUCAUGGUCCAGUUACACAGGGAGGUAAAGAUCAUAAGACUGAAGAUGCAUCUACUAAUCAUGGGAAAGGAGGAUCAUUUAAGCAGAUUUCACAGAAAAAUGCAGGGCCACUGGGCUCCUAUGUGUCCCCAGGCAUGGGACCACAACAUCCAUCUGGACCGGAUAGAAUGCUCCCUCAGCACAUGAUGCCUCCUGGUCAUAAGCAUGGUUUCUCUGAAAAUAUUCGGCCUCCAUUGCAGCAACCGUAUGGUUUGUUCCAUUCUGGAAUGACACCAAGGCCAUCUGGAGAGAACCAGAUUCAGAUGCCAAUGUCACAGUCUGGGGGUAUUGAUGGUAUGAUUCGGCCGCACAUGGUUGGCUCGUUAGCUGGUCAUCAUGACGCAAUGCUGCCUCCUUUUGUUGAAAAUUUGGGCCAUCCACCUGUAAGUGGAAGACAUGAAGAGUUGUUCAACACUUCAGGGGAACAUCUCAGGUCACGUGCAGCAUAUCCUGGUAGACAUGACAAUAUGGAAGAUGGUCUAAAGCAAUUUCCAGGGCCAGCCCAUCUGGAUGGUCAGGGCCUGCAAAGUGGUUCUAGAGCUUUUGAGAGAGGUUUAGAUAGACCUGAUGGUUUCCUUGAUUCAUUACCAGGAAGGCCUCCAUUUCCAAACCAGAGAAGUCCAUUUCCUGUAGGCUUGCAUGAGGAUUUUUCAAGGAAACCAAAUGCUACUGUCGGUCACCCUGCACCUGGUGCAGAAUUUGAUCAUCACAGGACUGAUGGAAUGCCUAUUUUCAGAAACCCAGGUGCAUUACAAGGGAUGAGUGGUGGUCCUCAUGGUCCCCGAAAAGACCAGUUUGGAUCUGGUACCCUUCCUGGGAAUUUACAACAUUCUUUUGGGGGUCCAGAGUUCCCUCCUACUCGUUUCAACCAUGGUCACAUGCAUCCAGGUGAUCCUAAUCUUGUUGCUGACUAUGGGCAUCAUGGUUUUCCAACAGAAUCAGCGCACUUUGGUUUGGCUGGACCCUUUAUAAACAGGAAUGUUGGUUGGUGCAGAAUAUGCAUGUUUAACUGUGGGAGUGCAGAGAACUUGGAUCUGCAUGUACAGACAAUGGAACAUCAACAAUGUGCGAUGGACAUUGUCCUGAAAAUGAAGCAAGAUGUUGCAAAGAGGCAAAAGCUGAAUUAUGGAGGUGCCAAGUCAUUCCACAACAAAAAGGUAGCUGGGAAGGGGCACUUUCGUGGAAAUAGGCGUUAGCUGGUUCAGCGCUUGAUGUGAUUUUGAAGGUUGCUGCUGAUGCUUAUGGACGUUUUAAAGGCAAAUGAGGAUUGAGAUCUCUUCAGACUUGUUGUUCAUGCAGUUCAGCACAUUUGAAGUGGAACUUGUAAUGGUCCCAAACUUUUGUUGCCAUGUUGGUCUGUAGAGUUCACAUGCCUUUAUGGUUUCUGUGGUUACCAUUUUGGAUGUUCUUGGAAUGGUUAAAUUGCUAGUAUCUUUUACUCUGCUAUAUGUGUGAUAAUACAUAACUACUGCAUCUUUCAACUAGACUCUGUUUUCAUAUGAUGGCAACUUCAUACUAGUACACCACACUGAAAAUUUUGCAAAAAGAUUGGUAAUUGAACUAAUAUUCAGACAGCCAUAAAAUGGAAAAAUUUUGUUGGAAAUUUUUGAUAAGGCGCUUAUGGAAAAUUGUUUCUAGUGCUUCCAGUGUCUGAAAUUUUGACUAGUUUUGCAUAGAUUAGAUCUCAAAACCUGAAUCAUAUAAUUUUAAGGAUUGAAUGCUGUAUACUUUCUUAAUGAAUUACUUAUCACAGAAUCAGCUGUUGCCAAAAAAAGGAGGACAAUCUGCUGCAAUCCUGGUUAAAACGUGGACUAGAGCUAUUGACAUGUCUAUGUCAUUGCACAACAACAAUAUACCUGCUCCAAACCUCCAAGCAAUAGUCUCAUUGAAAUUGUUACUUAUUCUUUUUGCCCGUGAGGGCAUCCCUUAGUGUUAAAGGACGCUUGGAAUGGUAGAAGGAAACACAAAUAUGAAUAGGUUUGAGCUGGGACUUGGGGUGGGGGCACUGUAAGAGAGAAUUGAUGAUGUCUGAUUGAAAUCAAAUUCGGAACCUGCACAUGCGGGUUAUGCUAUAAUGUUCAUGAAAGAGAGGAUAGAAGAAAAAUAUAUGCUUGGUUUUCAUAAGAAUACUGGUGAGUGAAUCAUGUAUGCAGAGCUUACCCAUACCAAUGCUGGAGUUUUUGUGUCCCUUCUAGUUGGUUAGUUCCUGGAGGUAGUGAUGGGUUUGAGUAUUAGGUUUUGGGUUCAGAAUGGGAUCUCACUAGAAUCCUAUGGACACUAAAUGCUAUGAAUGAAAUACUUAAGUUUGUAAUUAAUUCCAGCAGGACACAUGACUUGUUCAGUUAUGUUGAUGUGAUUGUUCACAUGUGAUAUAUUUUGCUGCUGGUGGCCUCUUUUUCUAGAUCGUUUCUUCCGUGGCGAUCAUUAAAUCAUUUGUCUUUGCUGUUUGUUUGCUAAGCAGAAACUGGAAAGUGUAGGAUAAUUUCCAGCCGAGGGCUCUUCUGUCAUACUUGCAUGCUUUCCUAAUGAUGGUUACGAUGGCAUGGUUUCCUAACGAUGGUAAGGAUGACAUGCUUUGAUAAUGAUGGUAAGGAAAGAUAUGUAUUGAGCUUUUGUUACCAUGCACUUUGAACUUUUGGCAAGAGUUUUCUGUUGUAGAUUAUGGCUGAAGUACUUAAGCCAGUGUAUUGCCUGUCAAUUUCUUGGACACUAAUGGCUGCACUUUAUGUACUUGUGUGAGGCCAUCCUAAACUGCUAUGCUUGUAUGAUUUAUAUUAAACAAAAUGAUAUAUGUUUAUCUGUAGAUGUAUUUCUGUAUACACUAACUAGUUUAUAUAUGCUCAUUCCAUGGUAAGGAGUGACAGAAGGACUUGCUUAAACUUUUAAUGAGUGCCGAUUUGUUCUAGUGUGUCCCAGUGUAUCAUUUGAUCACUUUGCAGCCUUUAGUUAGCUUGACCCCCCCCCCCCCCCCCCCCCCCAACAUCAACAUCAUCAACAAAGCCUUUUAAUCCCAAGCAAGUUGGGGUAGGCUAGAGUUGAAACCCAACAAAGACCAUUAUUCAUGGUUCUGGCACAUGAAUCGCGGCUUUCCAAGGACAAAUCUCUAGGUAUACUCCAGUCUUUCAAGUCUCUUCUAAUUGUUUCUUCCCAUGUCUCUAGGUAUAAACAAGUUAGCUUUACCCCCUCCCCCCCCCCCCCCAAAAAAAAAAAAAAAAGGUUGGAAUCAAUUUUCCCAAACUCGUGCUUAUGGGUUUAUCCAAACUACCCAGUAGGUAGCCCGCACGUGCAGCUUCUUUGACAUGAUUUACUGUGAUUUCAUAGAAGUGUAGUCAGACUUUAAGGUUAUUUAGCAAGUUGAUUGUAUUGCUCAGAACAACUGAAAUCUUAAGGUUAUUUAGCAUGUUGAUUGUAUUGCUCAGAACAACUUAAAGCUUUCUGAUUGUAGCUGCUAUAGUUUGGAUAUCAUCAAGCUAUUGAAAAGGCCCCAUCCUUUCCCUUUUGCUGCAUGCAUGAUUUGGUGAUCAGCUGCCUGCAAAUGAAUUGUGCAGAGAUUUACUCCCUUUGCUUGCAAAUAUGUUUUGCUUGAAUCCAUUAAGAUGACCACCUACAGGCAGAUAUGAAAAAGUCUGAUUAGAUAUGUGGUUGAUUAUCAUGAUAACUUAGCAAUCGGCACGCUGAACUAUGGGUUCACCAAUGUUUUGGUGUACAGAAUGGUGUGAAAUUUUGAAAACCUUGCUGGCUGAAUUUCCAUUCAAUUUCUGUCCAGUUUUGAACUAAAAGACUGGUCUGUUAUAAUCUUUUAGUUUGAAGCUGAUGCACAUUUGAUCUUUUAGGUGCAGACUGGAACUAAAAGAAAACUAGUGGUAAGCACUGGUAUAGACUUAGAGCUAAAUACAAGCAUUUGGUGUAGUAGAUAUUCUAAGGAGGUUUAGAAGGCAUUAUGUUGGGAGCGUUGCCAUUGGUUUUCUUGAACCUGGGCUCCCUCCUGUUUAGAUUCGAACUGUAGGAUGGCUGGGUGCUGGUGCCAUUUGUCACUAGUGCCAACAGUAUUAAGGAAUAAUUUAUGUUGCAACGUUAGUGUAUCAAUUUUGAUACAAUAUUAACCUGUAGGACAAUUAUCCUCCAGUGAAUUCUAUGUACUAACAAUUGGCAACUUAGUGAUCUUGUUUGUUGUUCCAUAUCAAUACAGAUCUAUGUUUCUUUGGCAUCUAUUUUGUUUUGUGUUACUUCUUUGGGAUUCUUGUAGCAACUCAACUGAUGCGGAUGGAAGUGCCUGCCUACCCACUGCGUUGAUCCAACUGACUGCCUUUGCUCAUUUUCUGCCUGCAUCCGAUGUUUUUGACUCCACUGCACGUCAUAUUCCGGAUGCUGAGUUCUUUGAUGUAAAAUGCCGUGUUUAUAACACCCAACAAUGUAAACAAAUUUUUAAUGGAUUAAAACUUCAUUUUUGAUGAUGUGUGCCUGCUAAUUAAUGUUACCUGCCGAUGUAAAAAUAUAUUCUUGUAAUGUAUUUUAAACAUUUCUA